GACGACAUCAGUGGUCAGAUCAACUUCAGCCUCGCAGUCAACUUGGGAACUGGGAUGCAGACAUUCGGGCGCUGCGUAGUGGCCUACGUCAAGGACAAGCUGCAGAUCAAGAGGGGCGAGCCGCCACCAGAUGCAGUCCUGUACCGCAAGCACUUGAUCAGGUUGUGCAUGGCUCGUGGGUCCAGGCUGCUCGCGAAGCGUCUUUGCAUACAAAGCCUCCCCAAUGGUGACUGGAGGAGGCGCGGCGUCAUCGAGGUCUACGUCCCAGAGGGCAUUGAUUACGACCGUACUCGGAUCGCAGACGUGGUUGGGAGGGGCAUCCAAUCCUGCGUGGCAGGCAGGCGGUUCAAAGUGUACCCGCGCUCUCGAUGGACUGGGGCAGACCAAGCAUUCGAUGAGUUCGUCAUGAUGGAGGCCAUCCACGGCAUGGUGUCGGCAAUCUGGGCAACGUGGUGCUCGGUGGCGGGAUCUCUUGGCCCGCAUCGUGGUGCGCAUGCGUCGUUGGGAGCCGACAGGCCUUGGCACUCCGUUGAUCGCGCGCCGUCCACUCGCCCUGGGGACAUGCAGCGCGACGACACAGCCACUGGCGGUGGCGAUGCCCCAGGUGCCGACGGCAUGGCGGACGCAUACGAGGCGGCGCGGAUGGAGAACGAGCAGCGCAGGAGGAAAGCAACUGAUUGGUUAAGGAGCAGGCCGCUCUCGCGGUCGAUCGUGAUACGGCAGACCAUGGAACCGUUGCGGCAACUCCGACAGCAACACCUCGCUAUUGGUGGCAAGCAGUGGCAGCGAGACCAUCAGCAAGAGGCAGCGCGUUCAGCAGAUGCGGAUGUCUCGAUUGAUGCAUCGUACCCGAUUGUCGUGGCGGCCUCGGGGGAGUUGGAGAAGACGAGCCACUACCAGUUUCGAAAGCUGUUCGAGGAGUCUGGGCUCUGGGAUCAUUUACUGCAGCCAGGGGACAUGAACGUCAAGACCAGGAACUUCGCCUUUCGGUUGUGCUCUGCUGCAGACUGCUUGGUAUACGAAGCGAUGGACAUCCUCCACAACGCAUUCCCCAUCCGAAUGUUCAAGCUUCUCAAUGGCAGCAGCUUGGGCGACGUGUUAUCGAUGCCGCCCUGCUGCAUGGAUGAUUGGAGCAAGGGGUUCGUGGGACGGCACGGGCUUGACGCCGACGGUGCGCAACUGAGUCCACGUGCGAUGAGUGAGCUUCGGGCGCACGCUGCCGUAGCCAGAAUGCACAUCGCUGCCAUCGAGACGAGGCACGCUAGCAUACGGCGCCGGCUGGAAAGCAAAAGCGUGCAGACGAGCCCUUACGCGUUCACCGAGCUCUCGGCCGACUUCGUCUUGGACCACGUGCGCAUCGGCGGCAUGCAUUGGCCAGGGCUGUCAGCGCAAGAGGAAGACGUCGGGGCCGACGGGGUGAGCGAGCCCGAGCCUGCUGUUGCGUCUGUCAGUAGACCAGGUGGAGCGUGGCGUUGCUGGGUGCGGGAGCAGUCCUUGGGGAAGCAUGGACUCCAAGAUUCAAAAGAGCUCUCCGCUAGGUAUCGGGCCCUUUCGCCAGAGGAGAAGGAGGGGCUGGUCCAGCGCGGGGCCGUGGCCACCAGGUCGGGCAAGGACGGGAGCGGCAGCAGUUUUGGACUUCGGACCAGGGACCUUCAACGUGCAAUUGACAAGCGUCGCAAGGAAGGCGCCCUCCAGCAAGCUACGUUGGCGCUCGUGGAGAUGCCGAGCCUCGAGUCGACCGAUCAGAAGUGCGACUGGGCGAUCGAGCAGGCGAUGCGGACGGCCACCAACGAUCAGAAGAACUCGGUGAACGAGAUGAUGAAGAUCUCGAGGGAGAACCUCAGGACGAUUCAAAAGGCAGAAGGGCGCAAGGCUGACAGUGAUCAAGCGAAGCUGGUUGUUUGGCACGCCGACCAGGGUGAGCAGCUGCGGCGAACUGUCGUGGACGCCAUGCCGUGCUUGAAAGACUUUGCAUGGGCGUUGCAGUUUGUACCAGGGGCAGGGCCAGUAUCAGCACUUGCCGACGUGCUACAUCCGACGGGGUCCACGGCGAAGUUGGCUCGGUCCAUCAACGCUCGGACGCGCCAGACCAACCUUGGUAGCGCCCUCGACCAUCAGUGGGUCCACAUGCACAGGCCGAUCUACCAUGACGAGUGCGAUCCGAUCCCCGACGCCGCCAUCGGGAAGCCAGAUAAGGUUCCUUGCCAAGCAGUCGGCGUGUGCUGCUGCUCGCCCCCGCACCGCGAGAAGGCACGGCGGAGUUUCUACUCUCACAUGAAAGCAUGUUUCAAGAAGGUUUCUGGUAAGAGGAAGGCACUUGAGGACCGCAUCAUCGUUGCGAAGCUGACUCCGAUCGACCUUGAUGCGCCUGGGGCAUCGUCGUGCGACGACCCAUGGUCGGCUGCACUGGCUGAGGUGGCGCCCGUGGCGAUCGACACACGCUCCACCGUUACCUACUGGCACGUGGCUACUAUGUCAUUCUCGCCGUAUGUUGGGCACUUCAGGGAGCUGAACCUUUUGGAGCGGGUGGAGCAGGUUGACGGCGUGGUCGAGUACACGUUCGAGGUGAAUGGCACGACGUAUUUCGACAGGGCUGCGUUCAAGUCCCUGGACCUCUCCAAGGAUUGGGCCGUCGAGUGGCUUGUUCUUUCCGACAGCGUCAGGGCUGUCCCUGAGUUUCGUGCUGGGCUUGCAGUCGCUGUCUCGACCGAUGACUACGGCGUUGCAGAGACCUUCUGGAGCACUCGGAGGCGCGGGGUGGACAGAGGCGGUUCGGGUCGUCGCAAGGGGGGCGCCGACGAUGUGGAGCCCGACGUCACGAGCGACCUAGAGGACGGCGACGACGACGGGUGCGACGACCGCGACGGCAACGCUGCGGGGUCAGACUCCUCCGAGGACGGGUGCCAG